AUGGAAGAUUAUCAUAUAAAUCCCAAGUUUCAUAUGGGUGGGACCCCUGUACAGAAUCAUCAAAGGAAAUCUUCAUCUUUAUUAGAACAAGAACCUAUAACUCCAAGUUCAGUUGCACCGGCAUCUUUAAGAAUGAUGGGUAAACAACAACAGCAACAACAACAACAGCAGCAGCAGCAGCAACAGCAACAGCAGCAGCAACAGCCAACUCCUCAGAGGACGCCGCAACAACCUUUGUUGCCUCCAGUAAGUAUACCCAAUGGUGGGAAUUCUACCUCACAUAAAAGAAUGAAAUCCGAACCUCAAUCACAAUCACUUAAUCAAACUCCACGUAGAGAAACUUCGUCAACUAAAACCAAUCAAGAGAUUAAACAAUUCCAUAGAAAAUCAUUAGGUGAUUGGGAUUUCUUAGAAACUGUAGGUGCAGGUUCAAUGGGGAAAGUAAAAUUGGCUAAACAUCAUCAAACUAAUGAAGUUUGCGCAAUUAAAAUUGUUAAUAGAGCAACAAAGGCAUUCUUACAUAAAGAACAAUCGUUACCUUCAGCAAAGACAGAUCAAGAAAUCUUAGAAAGACAAAAAAAAUUGGAAAAAGAAAUCUCUAGAGAUAAAAGAACAAUCAGAGAAGCAUCGUUAGGUCAAGUAUUAUAUCAUCCUCAUAUAUGUCGUCUGUUCGAAAUGUGUACAAUGUCUAACCAUUUCUAUAUGUUAUUCGAAUACGUCUCUGGUGGUCAAUUACUUGAUUAUAUCAUUCAACAUGGUUCCUUAAGAGAACAUCAUGCUAGAAAAUUCGCAAGAGGAAUAGCUAGUGCUCUAAAAUAUUUACAUGCAAAUAAUGUUGUUCAUAGAGAUUUGAAGAUUGAAAAUAUUAUGAUUUCAACAUCAGGUGAAAUUAAAAUCAUUGAUUUUGGGCUAUCAAACGUUUAUGAUAAUAAAAAACUAUUACAUACAUUCUGUGGUUCCUUAUAUUUUGCUGCGCCUGAAUUAUUGAAAGCAAUGCCUUAUAUUGGUCCAGAAGUUGAUAUUUGGUCCUUUGGUGUUGUUUUAUAUGUCCUAGUUUGUGGUAAAGUUCCAUUCGAUGAUGAAAAUUCAAGUGUAUUACAUGAAAAGAUUAAACAAGGGAAAGUUGAAUAUCCAAACCAUUUAUCUAUAGAAAUAAUAUCAUUACUAUCCAAAAUGUUAGUAGUAGAUCCAUUAAAGAGAGCUAAAUUGAAACAAGUCAUCGAACAUCCAUGGAUGAAUAGAGGUUACGAUUACUUAACUCCAUCUUAUUUACCAAAGAGAAUACCAAUGACUCCUAACUUAUUAGAUGAUAAUGUUAUUAAGGAAAUGUUUCGUUUGGAAUUUAUCGAUAAUAUUGAGGAUACUAAAACAAUAUUACUCGAUAUUGUUAAUGAAGAAAAAUAUAUGGAAUUAUCUCAUUAUUAUUGGACAAUCGUUUCUGAAUUGAAAAAUAAUAAUAUAAAUAAUAUUAGUGGUUCAAGUUCAACGGUACCAAAUAAUAAUUUUGAAGAUCCAACUGAAGCUUAUCAUCCUUUAUUAUCAAUGUAUUAUUUAGUCUCAGAAAUGAUGGCUCGUAAAUUAGCUAAAUUGCAAAGAAGAAAAGCACAACAACAACAACAACAACAAUUACAAAACAAUUCUGAAAAUAAACAACUUGAAAAUGCAGUUAGUAUUUUAUCCAAUACAUCAAAGAACACUGAAUUAUCAUCUGCGAAUAAUACUAUAAAUUCUACAAUAGAACCACCUGAAAGAAAACAAGAAUAUAUCACUACACAACCAUCUCAUACAACUCCAACUAAUUACAACAACAACGACAACAAUAAUCAAGUUUCUCUAGAUCAACGUAUGGCACCAUUGAAAUCUCCAGUAAAAUCUCCAUUACCAUCUAUACCAAAUGAAAAUGCAAGCAAAAAACCAUUACAAGUAUUGGUACCACCAAAACUUUCAAUUCCGGAACAAGCUCACACUUCUCCAACGACUAGGAAAGCAUCUGAUACACACAAUACAUUCGAUGCAGUAAUGACUCAAAACUCCAGUACUAAAACUAUUGAUUUGGAUAAGGAAGAUAAUGAUAACUUUAAUGAAGGCGCAUACAUGCAACAAUCUAGUGCAUCACCUAUUGAAACAAACAAUAAUGCCGGUUUUGGUGGUAUCUUUAGAAAAUUAUCUCAACGUCGUGCACAACAAAGUGUAUCACCACCAUUACCAACAGUGUCUAUGCAAACUCCACAAUAUCAACCACAGAUCAACGUCACACCCGUUCCCGAAGAUCGUAAUAACAAUAGACAACCAAUCAAGAAGACACAUGCACGUACUGUCUCUGAAUAUGUACCACCUGUGGCCCGUGCCCCAUCUUAUGGUUCUGGUGCCCAUACAGAAUAUAAGACUUCUGUAUUAAAGACUAACCCAGCAAGUACACAUACUGUUAUUACCCCACCACAAAGAUCUGCAUCUCAAAAACACCAAAAUAGAACUGAUUUACCAGCGUUACCAAGUAACGCAGAGACGAUAUUGCAGCAGCAACGUGAAAAACAAAUCGAACAAAAUAUACAAAAGAUGACUCUUAACGACGAAAACGACAUUACUAAAUACGAAGGUAAUAACUCACAAAUUGAUGAAGAAAAUGAUGAAAACAAUCCAUUACCACCUCUUAAUGUCAUUAAAGGUAGAAAAUACCAUCCAAGUGCUAGAGCAAAAUCCGUUGGACAUGCACGUCGUGAAUCACUUAAAUUUAACAGACCUGUAUUACCAAGUUCGAUACCUGCACAAGGUGAAGUUGAUGAUCAUGGGUUCUUAGAGUACAGUGAUGAUAAUAAAUCUGAUAACAUAUCUAAUAGUACACCAAAUAAUAACAGUGUCAUUAGAACAUCAGAGAAAGGUGGUCAAAGUAUCGAUCAUGCAUUAUAUGGUGGGGCUAUUAAUGAACAACCUCAAUUAACAGAUUCUCAAAUUCUUGAGGAGGCUUCGAGAGCUCCAGCUGGAUCUAUGCCAUCUAUUGAUUAUCCUCGUUCUUUGUUCUUGAAAGGUUUCUUCUCCGUACAAACAACAUCUUCGAAGCCAUUGCCUAUUGUUAGAUAUAAAAUUAUCUCUGUCUUGAAGAAUAUGAACAUUGAAUUCAAAGAAGUUAAAGGUGGAUUUAUAUGUGUUCAACGAUCUGCAAUUAGCCCUAUCUCAAGUAAUGGUGAAAAAAUUGAACAAUAUGAUCCAAUAGACGAACAACAACAGCAACAAUUAUUGCAAGUUCCAAACCGCUCAAUUUCAAGACAAAGCUCUCUUAGAAGAAAGACAUCCGUUAAGUACAACCAGGGUAUGGUACCUGGAAGUCCAAUGGAAGGCCCACGCCAUGAAAGGAACAUCUCAAUUGUCGCUUCCCCAACUGUUAAUACAUAUAAUUACAAUAAUUCCCAAGAAAUAUCAUCUGCUUCAAUUGAUGAUAUGGGCCAACAAGAAGAUAUCUUAACAACAUCAAGAAUUCAAGAUUUGAACAAGAUGCCUGAUGGUAGAUCAAUGUCAGGUAGCAAUGGUACCAAGGAAAGACCACCAAUCAAAUUUGAAAUUCACAUUGUGAAGGUUAGAAUUGUUGGUCUAGCAGGUGUUCAUUUCAAGAAAGUGAGUGGUAACACAUGGUUAUACAAAGAACUUGCUUCUCAUAUUCUAAAGGAAUUAAACUUAUAG